AUGAUCGGAACAGGGAUCGUGACGGGCGCCCCUGGCCGCCACGAGACCGCGACCAUCGGCCGCCGUAUCCUCCACGUGCGCGAUCGCCACUUGGGAGACCUCGCUCACCACCAGACUUCCGCGACAGAGAUAGAGAUGGCCCCCCUGGGCCCGAUGCGGAUAGGCCCCGACGCAACUCGCGAGACGGGCCGCCCUUUGUGGGCGCGUCACCUCCUUCGGACAAACCACACUUCGACAUGCCUAGAGGCCGCGGCGGGUUCCGAGGCAGAGGUCGCGGGCGAGGCGACUGGGGCGCCGACCGUGGCCGUGGCCGAGCGCCUUUCGACGACCGAGGAGAUCGAUAUAUACGGAGCCGUUCACAAGAAGGCCGGCAAUGGAACCGAGACCGUGAGGAGAGAGAGCGCAUGGACAGGUUUGCCGACCCUGAACCGAGGCGCGACCCCCGAGAUGAUCGCGAUCGAGGUCCUGGCCCUGCUCCUGCGCCUGAGCUCUAGGGACGUGUCGCCUCCCCCGGUUGCGCCGUCCGCCCCAGCUUUCGGCUCGGUGCCCAAUCGAUCGGAUGGACAAGGCGGACCUGGCAGCAUGAGUAGACUCCCUCCGACUGGUCCAAGGGCUUUGAGUGACCGGCAAGGUCAGGAGCCUCCGAGCGGGCCCUCUAGGAUGACAGAUAACCAGGCUGUUCCCCCUUCGGGACCACGUCACCAAACACCCAAGCCGCAGCGAUCUACGAGCCACCAAUGGAUCAACCCGAAUUAUAGGAAAUCACCCCAAAUGGCCAGAGCGCCAAGCUUUGCGCAGCCGCGUCCAGCGCAUUCUCGACCGGAAAGCUCGCAGUAUGAUUAUCCUUACUAUGACGACAGGCGACCGCGGAGUAGCGAUUCAAGGGGUGCCAUGGACUCGUUUGAUUGGGAGAGUCGCAGGCGGAGUCACAACAGUGUCGAGUCUGGCGAAAUCAUGAACCGUUCUGAUGACGAUAACCUUGAGAAGCCAGAGGCGCACCGCAGGCGCAGCAUGCAUGAGCCGCCUUCGAGAUACCUACCGAGCACGUCGGACCGCAAACCUGAGCCGCCCAAAGAAACUAUCGAGCCUCCCAAGCCCCGGAAGCAGGGUCGAGUCGGCUUGAAAUCUGUUCGAUUCGCCAGGCGACGAGAAGUAAUACAACCCAAGGCCAUGCCUGAUCCGGACACGGAUUCUGAUGAGGAGGACUUGGGCGACUUUUUCAACCUUCAAAUUGAGCAGACGGAGGCGGAACUUGGCAAGCUGAAGAAACCAGAGCUUCCAUUGGAGGUGGUGGCUCGUUUUGCAUCAACGUCUCACAGUGCCAUGGUGAAGAUUUUGAAUGAGCCGCAUGGCUUGGUGGAUGUUCUAGGGGAGAUGCCCAAAGAGGUCCCCAAGCCGAGUAAUAACGAGGAGGCGUUGAUCGCGCAAUCCGCCAAACUAUCGGUUGUUCCCAAGGAGGAAACGGCUGAUGUGCUGAUGGCGGAUGCUCAGACCGAGCCACCAGCGAGACCGGAGGAGGAGGAACAGCAGGCAAGGCUGCAAGAGACAGACGUGCAGCCCAAGGCAACGAUCGACGGUCCUGUUGAGUCUGAUCUGAUGCAGGUCGACAAGUCAACGCCCGCAAAGCCAACAUCACCUGCUCUGGGCGACCAGCCAGCAGAAAAAACGGAUUCGGAAGCGGCGUCGGCUCAAGAGGUCAUCUUCGAGACCACGGAGGUGACGCCAGAACAGGCUGCCGCAGUGAUCGAGGCCGAGUCUACGAAGAUCGCUGCCGAGAAGACUCUUUCUACAGAAAAGAAGCCAUGGGCUGGUCCCAAUCAGGAGCACUCACCCAAAGUGCCCAGCACGCCGUCUCAAGUUGAUGACGACGGCGACGAUGAAGAAACUGAGACGGAGGAGGAGGAAGAUGGCUACGUGGACAUGGAUGUCAUGCGCGGCCACAUGCUCACGCCUCCGCUGGAGGAUCUGCCUCGUUUCGACGUCGAGCCAUUCAAUGGGCCAGAAGACCUGAUGACAUUGGACGACAACACCGACUUGAAUGCUUACAUUCUUCAGCACCUUGAAAAGGUUCACCUCGACAAGAAUGCUGAGCAGGAGCAUGCACGGGCACAGUACGCGGAGGCCUAUCAUGCAUAUCUCAAGUUCACCUUGUCUGAUGAUCCCGUUGCCAUCAAGGUCCGUGACAAGCUUUCUGUUGCGGCGCCCAGCAUAGAGAUCGUCAAUCCAGCUACACCGGAGCCAGCUAAACCUGAAGGCCGCAGCGCGCGGCGGUUCGGAUCGGAGAGAGAUCUGGAACUGGCGUUGCAGGCUUCUUUGCAGGAGCAGACUGAACGCGAAGAACGAGAAAAGAAGACGCGAAGCGGGAAGCAUCGCGGUGACAAGGAAGCCGAGAUUCCAGACAUGUACUGGGGCGCUGAAGAGCAAAUGAAGGAGCAAUUCUUCGACACUUCAGGCUGGGUGCCGUCUAACCGCCUUGUAUCUACAUGGGAAGUGCUGCCCCCUACAAAUAACUUCACGCCAGAGGAGGCAGAGCUUUUUGAGAAGAGAUACCUUGAGCUGCCUAAGCAAUGGGGCAAGGUGGCUGAAGUUGUGCCGAACCGUGACUUUGGUACUUGCAUUCAGUACUACUAUCUUAGGAAGAGGGACCUCAACCUCAAGGAGAAGCUGAGGCGCCAGCCCAAGAAGCGCAAGAAGGGACGAGGGAAGCAGAGGUCCAGCGCGCUCGUAUCCGAGCUUGGCAAUGGAGAGGGCGAUGCGGACGACAAUACCACUGAGACUGGAGAGAAUGGCGAGACUCGACGUCGUCCACGCCGCGCGGCCGCGCCGACUUGGAAUUUCGAGCAGCCAGCCAUCUUACUGGAUACUGAGUCGGCGACGCCAGUAACCACGCCUGGUGGCCGACGAGGAGCUUCGGCCGCAGGUAAAUCGGACCAGCUUGACAAACCAGAAGGGCGGAAGAGAGGGCGAAAAACGGCCAAAUCUUCGGAACCAAAGAUUGCCAAACCUAAUCCCACCCUGGCUGCCGCGCCUGGUCAGGGACAAACUCUGGCUCCUGGACCAGGGCGCGCGCGCGCGCGCUCUGAUGUGAAAGGGCAGCCGCAGCCGCAGCAACCUGAACAACAAACACAGCUGCAGCAACAGAGGCAGCCGCCACAGGCCCAACAGCCAUUCGAAUUUCAGGGUGGCAUACCAGGAGAGGUGCACCGCUUGCCCGCUCACUACGAGCAGCAACACCCCAUUGGCAUGCAACCACCAUUCUCUAUUAGUCAGCCCUCGAUACAAGCACAGCAGCAACACCAACCACCGCAGCCGACGCAAACGCUCGAUCGAUCGCAACCUAUGCCGACGACCUCGUCCAUGGCAGAAGUCAUCGCCGCCCCUUCACUGCGGCCCGAGCCCCCAGCAUUGCAGCAGCCGAGCUUAGCUGGGCCCUUCACCAAUGUGCUAACGCAGUCUGACCGCAAGAACCCGGCGCAAGCAUCUAGCUACUGGAGCGUGUCAGAGUCGAAUGAUUUCCCGGGCAAUCUACGUGCGUUUGGCUCAGACUGGACAGCCAUCGCGGCCCACAUGGGCUCCAAGACGGCAGUCAUGGUUAAAAACUAUUACGUCCGCCAGAAGGAAGGUGGCAAGAAUGAGUGGGAGAAGCUCGUUCGCGAGGCUGACAGUCAGCGAAUGCGCGGAGAAAAGCGACCAGACCCACCGAUACCUUCGACAAGCGGUCGUGGCAGGCGAUAUGACGGGUACGGGAACUCACGUCCGAUAGCAGCAGCGCCUGGUGGAGGCAUGGAUCUCGCGCCUGAGGGCGUCGGACACCCCCUGGAUGGCGGUCAACCGCAGCAGGUCAGGACUCAGUUUGGCGCGUACAGUGUUCCCAUUGCACAGGCACCCGCUUCUCAUCAGCAGCAGCAGCAACCGCAGCAGCCGCAACCACUGGCUCCAGGCGUGCCAAAAUCCAUGUCCAUGCAGCCCCAGCCAAACGUCUCGCAGGCCAUGUCUCCUACUAGCGGGCCACCACUUCGCGAUCCUUCACAAUACAACCUUGCAGAGAGAGAGCGUGAGAUAGAGCGUGAGAUAGAGCGCGAGCGGCACAGAGAACGGGAAAUGGAACGAGCACAACAACGUGUGCCACUACCUGGCAAGUCCGUCGGUCCAAUGGACACAGCUCGACGCGGGCUUCCAGGGCAACCGCUACAGUCGGGCAGAGUGGACGUGAUGCCAGAACGCUCGCAGCAGAUGGACAUGCUGCAUCACCAACAGCAGCUCCGAGAAAGGGAGCGUGAGAGGGAGCGCGAGCUCGAGCGCGAGCGCGAAAGAGAAGAGCAGCGAGACAUGAUGGCGAGGCAACCAGACAGACGUGGGGUCCCCGUCAAGGCCGAGCCUGACAUGUCUCAACACGCGCCUCUCGACCCCUAUAGCAGGAUGGGUCACCAACAUCGGCCCGAGCCGCCUCGACAUGACCCCUUGUCGUUGUCUAGGCAUGCUCAAGAGCCUCCUCGUCACGGGCCGCCUCCAGCAUACUCCUCGGCGACUCACUCCGCGCCGCCUCCUCACCGCGGCUUACUGGGUGAUCAGUCCAGUAUACGAUCGCCGCCUCCAAUGGGACACGCAAACGGGCCCCCAACCUCACGACCCAUGUCGGCGCUCCAGCACCGGCACUCGUCCAGCUCGGCACCAGAUGUCUACGGCCAGCCUCCGCCUCAAGCCUCGACGCCUGUUCCGGCUGCCGCGGCGGCCAGGGCACCUGAACCUCGCAAGUCGACUAUCAUGUCCCUUCUCAAUGAUGACAACGAUGCACCGACCCCGUCCAAGCGCGUCAGCGAUCUUGCCGGCCCUGGGCAAUCGUCCACCCCCCCCCCUCAAGGUGUGGGCCGCUCACCCGCGGCGUCUCAACCCCCGCAGCACUUGCGUCGCGACUCUGGCCCGUAUUCGCCCUUUGGUCGUCCACCUUCGACCUCGGCACCGGGCAUGCCAUCCCUGAAGCCAACGUACAGCGGCCCUCCCAGUCAGCCGUCCAGAUCAGCUUUGAGUAUGUCCGUGGACCCACCCCAGACAGAGAGGGACUACUUCCGACAGCAGCAAGGAUACCACCCAAGCAGCGCCAACGAGUCCCCACAGGCGACGCCUCUCCAGUAUGGCGCUCAAGGGAGAGGACAAGGUCCCCCGGGCUAUCCGACAUCGUUCGGCGGCGGCGGCGGUGGUGGUGGUGGUGUCUCGCAAACUCCCACUGCGUCUUCGCCGCCACCACAGUAUCCCAUGCACGCGGUUUCACGCUCCCGUGACAUGGGCCACGGCGGGCGCGAGCAAUGGCAGCAUCAUCAAGGAAGUCAACCACCUCCUCAGCAUGGCGGGUGGGUGAGAGAGCCACCCAAAUCCUCUCAGCCACCUCAUCAAGCACAAGCGUGGGCAGGCCAUCCAGGCCCCGGGACUCCCAAGGCCAGUUCAUCUUCAGGUAUGUGGCCUGCUCCACCGCCGCCACAACAACAACAACAACAGCAGCAGCAGCAGCAGCAGCAGCCGCCGCAUGCUCACCAGGGGAUGCGUGACGAAAGGGGACCACUUAUGUAUGGUUCGCAACAGCAGCAGCAGCAAGCUCCGCCCUCUCAACACCAGAUGCAAGGACGCUAUGGCCCACCUCCCAAUAGAGGGCUUGACCCCGUCCCGUCCCCCGCUCAAGCAUAUGCUCGAUACGCUUCGACACCAGGACCUAGGCCCGGUCCCGGGCCGCCGCCUCGAGAUCCCAGAGACAUGCCUGGACGAAGCUACACGCCAGUAUCAUACGACGGUCGGGGGCACCCACCACUGCAGGGCUACCAGGGUGACAUGCAAAUGCGAGACCCUAGGGAGCAGCCGCCACCGCAGUCCCGCGAUCCUAGGGAUAUGAUGGGCAGGGGUCUGCGACCGCCGCCUUCAGAGUACGAUAGGCAUCCCGACACUUAUGGGAGAUAG